AUGAAGAUAAUUUUGCCACCCAGAGAUAGUGACACAGAGAUAACCAUUGCUUAUAUUACUAUAGCUCUUGAAGAGGACAGUGAUGCCAAUGAUGAUGCUGAUCUUGUGAUGGUAGAAGAUUCUGAUACAGAGGUUACUGAGAACAUAGUUUCCAGUGAUGAAGUGUUGACUAUACAACCAGAUUUUGAAGGCGACAAUGAUACCUCUGAGGAACCAUCCCAAUUGUCAUAUGGAGUUGAAGGUUUAGCAGAGCUAGGUGACCAACCAGUUUCACAAAUGAACCGUCUAGCAAAUUUAAGAAGACGUGACCCCUACUCAGCGGAAACGGAGUUCAUCCCGUUGCGCAAAAAAGCGCGAUUAUCUAUUCCAGGAGAGGAUAACAUGGAUUGUAUGGGAGAUUGUAGCCCAUCUUUACCCGUGGAAAGGCAGGAAGACAAUGCCGAGACCAACCCUGUAGGAACAUCUCUUCAGUCAGCAGCACUCCCUGAACUGCAGCAGCCGGUCCUCAGGGAGAGUCCACCACCGCCCAGAAUUGUCUCCACAUACUCAUUAGAGCCAUGUUUCACACCACGCAGCCCAUCUCCUGGGCUUCCUGUUCUAUCCUCCUAUGUCAGUGAAGGUGCCGAAAGUACCAACAGUGUUAUCUCAUCUGCCCAGGCUACUGUAGCAGUGCCUAUAGCAGUUCUGCCACAAGGAGAACCCAGUCUGGCAGAUACCUCUGAGACAGUGAACUACUCAACUAUAAUGGGAAAUAACAGCAUGGGCCCAGAUGCUGCCUUGACAUUUCUCUGCAUGCCUCCCAUUACUGAAGUGUCAGGAAAGGCAGAAACCAGCCUUGGAAACAGCACUGAGUCAAGGUACUAUCCAACUUUUUUGGGAAAUGACAGUGGCCGGGAUAGUGCCUCUUCAUCUAUCUUCAUCCCUCCCAAUUUUGCACUUGAAAAAGCUUUACUUACAGAAAUGCCGGGAAAAGCAGAAACCAGCAUGAAAAACAGCUCUCAGACAGUGUAUUACCCAAAUUUGGUGGGCAAUGACAGUGGCCCAGAUGCUGCCUCUUCAACUCUCUCCAUUCCACCCAAUUUUGAUAAAUGCCCAAGAGUGCAAAUGCUUGGUUGUAUGUGUUUUAUUUUUAGAAAUGUUGUUAAAAGCUCAAACUACCUAGAAAAGAGCCCUGAGACAACAAAUUAUCCACUUUUAUUGGAAAACAACAGUAGCCAAGAUAUUUCCUCAUUAUGUCACUGCAUUCCUCCCAGUUUGGGAUAUCUUGGUGAUCCAAGAAGAAAUGUCAGGAUGCUUGAUAUUCAUUUGAUGACUGCACAGAAGGAGGCCACACCUAAGCACGCAGCCCGCUACUUGGUUCGUAUUUUGUUCUCCAAGGAAAUCAUGAUUUCCAGCUCUGUAGCUGUCAAUUCCCAAGGCCGCCAACCCCUGGAUCCAAACAAAAUGGCUGCAAUAAGAGAACACCUGGCAGCAAUUUUUCCCAACCAUGAUUUACGUGAAUGUGGAAAAGACUGGCAAGCCUGUAUUUCCGAUAUCAAUUCUCUGAUCUGCCAUUUAUGUUCCAAAAGAACACCCCAGAAAACUGUUAACAAUAUAGAGCCUACCAACCCGGAUACAGAUUCGAAUGAUAAAAGGGAUGGUGAUGACGGUGAAAGUAGUUCCCUGUUAUCUCAGCAAGCAGCUGGCUCAGAAACAAGAGAAAAUGGGAAUUCUCAGCAGAACAGCAGUGCUCUCCCUGAAGGAAUUAAAGAACCUUCCACUGAUAAUUCAACGGUAUCUUAUGAAACACUGGAAUAUCUUGGAAAUCCGUGUAGAAAUAUACAGAUGCCAAAAUCAGUUCUGAAUAUAGCAAAAGAAAAGUCUCUCCCAGAGCUGUCAGCCAGAUACCUUAUUUGCAACCUGUUCACAGAGGAAGUCCUGAUAAAAAGUAAUGUCUAUGGCAGUCUGGGGCGUGGCACGUGCGCCCUUAACGCCAAUAAGAUUAACGCUCUCCGAGAGUUUCUCCAAGACAUCUACCCGACUUGUGAUCUUUCAGAAACUGGAUAUGACUGGAAAUUCUGUGUGACAGCUAUCAAUAGUUGUAUUUGUAGUCUUAGAUAUGACCACAAGAAGUCCACAUCCAAAUCACAGCCGCCUCCAGAAACGACUCCUUCGACAGAGUCAGAGCCAAGAGAUACUGGCUUAGCUGACUGA